AUGGCCCGGGGCCGGGCCGCCUACCUGGGUCAAGGUCGCGGCGGUCCCGUCCCGUCAGCGCCGCACCUGGGGAGGGCGGAGGAGGCGUUGGAAGCGUUGGGCGCGGGGCCGGGACCCCGGGACCCCGCGGGCCUCAGCGGGGUGGGCCCCUCCCCACGGCACUGCGGCCCGCUCGGACCCGUUCCCGCCGCUGCCCCCUCACCCCCGACACCGCCCGGGCCGGGCCGGUCCCUCCGGCCCCGCGCGGCCAAGGGCGGGCGGCGGCCCGGGCACCCCGGCACCGCGGCAGAAGGGUGGUUGAACCUGCCCCGAGGCCCGCCCCGCUCCCCGCCCGCCCCGCUCCCGGUGUCCCCGCUGCCGGUGCCCCCAUUGCCGGUGUUCCGGCGUCCCCCGGCCCCUCCCGGUCCGCCCCAGCGCCGCCGCUCACCGCCCGCCCCCGCCACGGGCCCCGCGCUCCCGACGCCAUCUUCCCGCCGCGCCCGACGCACCGCGCGCGCCGGCCACGCCCACCACGGGCCGGGGACCCGCCCACACGGCUCGGUGGGCGGGGCCUGCCUGGGAAAGCCCGAGCGCUCAUUGGCUAUGCCGGCCAGGCUCCAGCCCUGCAGCACCUCUGGAUCCGUGACCACAGCCAGAGUUGGCACCGGCGCUGGACAUGGCACGGGCCUCGCUGCCUCUCCCCGGAACUGGACCCUGGACCCCGCCGGGGACUGGCACUACAGAUGGAUCAGCCUCAUGGUGCUGCCCAUCCUUUACAACUGGGUCGUCCUCAUCCUCAGGUGCUGCUUCCCCGAGGUGCAAGAGGCACACACGGAGCUGUGGAAGGCCCUGGACGGGCUCAGCGACGCACUGUACCUGCUGGACAUCGCCGUGCACUGCCACACAGGUUUCCUAGAGGACGGGAUCCUGGUGCGGGACCUCAGCCGGACACGGCAGCGCUACCUGGGCUCCUGGACCUUCCCCUGGGAUGUGAUGGCUGUGCUGCCCACCGAGCUGGUCUGCCUGCUCCCAGGGGUCCCGAGGGUCCCAGGGGUGCCAGCAGCACGUGCCAACCGCUGCCUACGGCUGCCACGACUCUUCGAGGCCUUCGACCGGUGCGAGACACACACGGGAUGGCCCAAUGUGUUCCGCGUGGCCAAGCUGAUGCUGUACCUGCUGCUGGGCAUCCACUGGCACGGCUGCCUCUACUUCGCACUGUCGGCACACCUGGGGCUGGGCGUCGACUCCUGGGUCUGCCCCAGCUCCGCCCGACCACUGCGCCGCUACCUGCACAGCUUCUACUUCUCCACGCUGGUCCUGGCCACAGUGGGCGACACGCCGGCACCGCAGCGCGAGGAGGAGUUCCUCUUCCUCACCGCCGGCUUCCUCCUGGCCGUGCUGGGCUUCGCCACCAUCACCGGCAGCAUCAGCACCGUCAUCGUCAACCUCAGUUCAGCCACCGCCGCCUUCUACCCCGAUGCGGGGCCGGUGCGGCGGUACCUGCGGGCGUGGGGCGUGGGCGGGCGGCUGGCGGGGCGCGUCGUGCGCUGGCACCAGCACCUGCGGGCACAGCGCAAGCUGCCGGCCGAGUGGGAGGUGCUGCAGCACCUGCCGCGGGGGCUGCGGGCCGAGGUGGCCGCCAGCGUGCACCUGGAGGCCCUGCGGCGCGUCGGGCUGUUCCGCAGCUGGGACCACGGCGUGCUGAGACAGCUGGUGCUGCGCCUGCGACCGCAGGUCUUCGGGCCCGGCGAGUUCGUGUGCCGGCGUGGGGAUGUGGGCCGUGAGAUGUACUUCAUCCGCGAGGGCCGCCUGGCCGUGGUGGCCGAGGACGGUGUCACGCAGCUGGCCGUGCUGGGCGAGGGGCUCUACUUCGGGGAGAUCAGCCUCAUCAACAUCAAGGGCAACACGGCAGGGAACCGGCGCACGGCCAACAUCCUGAGCAUCGGGUACUCAGACCUGUUCUGCCUGGGCAAGGAGGACCUGGCAGAGGUGCUGGCCGAGUUCCCCUCUGCCCGUGCUGCCAUGGAAGCCAAGGGCCGGGAGCUGCUGCUGCGCAUAGGCCAGCUCGACACCGGAGCUGAGGCGGCGGCGUUGGCGGCCGAGGCAGAGGCGCAGCGGCGGCUGCAGGGGCUGGAGGUGUCCCUGGAGGGGCUCCAGACACGGGCAGCCCGACUGCUGGCACAGCUGGAGGCCAGCGCCCUGCGCAUGGCCCUGCGCGUCCAGCGCCUCGAGGGACGGCUGCGGCUGCGGCUGCAGCGACGGGACAGAGCAGCGCGGACAGACGGGACACUGCUGCUGCGGGACGGGGACCGGGACGGGGACGGAGCCGCGAUGGGAACGGGUCAGGGUCAUGGAGUUUCGGAGUCAUGA